AUGGCGGGGAGUGGGAAGAGGAGGCGCGCGACGGUGCUCGACGACGACGAGCGGCGGGGGCGGCGGAGGCUGGAGGAGGCGGCCCUGCUCCUCCACAAGAUCAAAGGGCUGGUGGGCUGGGUGGUCGCGGAGGUCAGCGCCGGCCGAUCCCCUUCCCUGGCUCUCCACCGCUACCAGAACUACUGCGCCUGCGCCUCCGCCGCCGCCGCCGCCGCGUCCCUGUCCACAUGCGCCUGCAGCUACGACGCCCCCGUCGGCACGGACGUCCUCUCCCUCCUCCGCAAGGAAUUCCACGCCUCCCGACUCAAUGUGCUUCUCAGGGUCCUGCUCGUGGUGCAGCAACUCCUGCAGGAGAAUAAGCACUGCUCCAAGAGGGACAUCUACUACAUGUACCCCUCCAUGUUCGUAGAACAAGCGAUUGUUGAUCGUGCCAUCAAUGAUAUCUGCAUACUCUUCAAGUGCAGCCGGCAUAAUCUCAACGUGGUUCCUGUGGCAAAAGGUUUGGUGAUGGGCUGGAUAAGAUUUGUGGAGGGUGAAAAGAAAGUGUAUUGUAUAACAAACGUCAAUGCUGCUUUCCCCAUUCCAGUUAGCAUUGAGGCAAUCAAAGAUGUUGUUAGUGUUGCUCACUACAUCCUUGUUGUUGAGAAGGAGGCAGUGUUCCAGCGUUUGGCCAAUGACAAGUUCUGCGAAAAGAAUCGCUGCAUUGUUAUUACAGGAAGAGGCUACCCAGAUAUUCCAACAAGAAGAUUCUUGCGCUACCUUGUCGAACAGCUGCACUUGCCUGCUUAUUGCUUAGUGGAUUCAGAUCCGUAUGGUUUUGAUAUUCUGGCUACCUAUAAAUUUGGUUCCAUGCAAUUGGCAUAUGAUGCAAAUGUUCUGCGUGUGCCUGAGAUACGAUGGCUUGGGGUCUUCACAUCUGACUUUGAGGAGUAUUGUCUUCCAGACUGCUGUCAGCUUCAAUUGUCAUCUGAAGAUAGGAGGAAGCUUGAAGGAAUUCUAACCAGAUGUUACUUGCACAAGGAAGCCCCAGAAUGGAGGUUGAAGUUGGAAGCCAUGCUGGAAAUGGGUGUCAAGUUUGAGAUUGAAGCAUUGUCAGCAAGUUCCAUUUCGUUUCUGUCGCAAGAGUACAUCCCCCAACAGAUCAGGCUAGGGAGGUAUAUAUAG